AUGGUCGCUAUCGGAGUCCUCCUUUCGUUGAUGCCAUGCCUCCAAUUCGGCUAUGGCUUAACUUUGACAGGUGAUCCUAGCCUGACUAUGGAUCUCACCGCUGAUGCCGCCGAUAACGCUCUUGUGGCCGACUGGGACAUCACCGUUGUUUUAUAUUUGCAGCAAGAUUUGGAAGCCACUGUUGAGUACUCGGGAAGUUCUGAAAGCACCUCAAUCGAUGACGAGACUUUGAGCGCCACUGCCAAUGACACGUCUGUGAUGAUCAUCACAGCUGGCGCGGAUGUGAACCUCACCGAUGAUACUAUUGUGAAGCACGGGUAUUCGACCAAUCUUUGGGAGGCUAGCUUUUGGGGCUUAAACGCGGCAGUGAACAUUCAAAAUACAUCUAUUUCCUAUAUUACCGACAUCAACGUGACGACCCAUAAUGGCGCCGCCAAUAUCUACGCCUAUGGAUCUGAGACUGUCGUUCACAUUGAUGGGGCAUGGCUCUAUAGUUCUGGCCCAGCUGCGCAUGGACUCUAUGCAUCCGGUAACGGAACGAUUAUUGCGACCGGUACUGCGACUAUCUCGGAUAGUACCCUAUAUGCAGGCUUGCUAGCUGGAUUUGUCAUUUUUUCCUCAUCUGAGAGGUAUUCUGGCGCGAGCCUGAGUAUUAGCUCAUCAACCAUCGACCUUCUUAACGAAGAUAUACCUGCAUUGUGGUUUGGUAACGUCAUCGCCGAUGCUACUCUUGACGAUGUGGUCAUUACAACCGAGUCUGGAAUCCUCGUCGUUGCAAACUACUCGCAAGUCACACAAGAGUUUGACUACUAUGCAGGGUAUUCUGACAAUAACGCCCUAUCCCCGGCCGAGGCCUAUAUCAUAGUGUCCGAUAGCACUCUCACUGGUGACUUGGUUGCCUAUAAUGAGUCACUCAUUAGCUGGUCCCUGACCGACUCUUCCUCCUGGACUGGGACUGCUUACUCUGGAUACGGAACCUACUAUAUCGGAGUCAGCUUAGAUUCAACCUCUACCUGGACUCUCACUGCUGAUACUUGUGUCUACAAUUUCACCGACACUGACACAUCUGUUACAAAUGUCAAGAGCGGCGGAUAUACUCUUACUUACGACAAAUCAUCUUCUGCCAACACCUGGCUCGAUGAGAAAACCGUUUCACUCUCUGGCGGUGGCUCUUUGGUUCCCGGUACCUGCAAUUAA